UUCUUAUUUAUUUUGGACCAAAGUUUUAAUAAUAAAACUUGCCGAAAUGGAGACUUCUCAGAUUCGCCAGAACUAUGACCGCGACUGCGAGGCUCUGAUCAACAAGAUGAUCAACUUGGAACUUUCCGCUGGAUACACCUACACCUCCACGGCUCAAUACUUCAAACGGGAUGAUGUCGCUCUUCCUGGUUUUGCCAAGUUCUUCAAGGAGAACAGCGAGGAGGAGCGCGAGCAUGCUGAGAAGUUCAUGGAGUUCCAGAACAAGAGAGGGGGACGCAUCAUGCUUCAGGACAUCAAGAAACCUGAUCGUGAUAUGUGGGGCAAUGGACUGAUUGCUAUGCAGUGCGCUCUUCAGCUGGAGAAGAACAUCAACCAGGCUCUGCUGGAUCUGCAUAAGGUCGCCUCUGAGAAGGGAGACCCUCAUCUGUGUGACUUCCUGGAGACUCACUACCUGAAUGAGCAGGUUGAUGCCAUCAAGAAACUUGGUGACCACAUCACCAACCUUUCCAAGAUGGAUGCUGGCAACAACAGGAUGGCAGAGUACCUGUUUGACAAGCACACCCUGGAAUGCUAAAUGCUGCCCUGAGAUAAUUUAUUAGGCAAUUUAUUACUGAACAUUUUACAUUUUAGGGGUUAAACUUUAAACAUCAAAUAAAAAGUCCAUCUCAAUUUAUAA